AAUUCUCUUUCUGAGGGCACUGAAGUACAAUGAAGCAAGAGUAUUAGGUUGGAGCUCUGAGCUAGCUUAAAAUGCACUGCUGGCAUGGCUAACAGAACAAACUCCUCUGAGUAUUUUUGGUCGUAUGAAUAUUAUUGGGAUUACAUAGAUCCAAUUCCAGUAGAUGGAAGCAAGUUGAAGGUUAAUAAAUACUCCAUUGUCAUCGCCUUUUGGGUCGGACUUGCUGCCUUCGUGACGUUACUUUUUCUCAUUUUGCUGUGUAUGUCCCGCUCUGGAUCAACUCCAGUAAAACAAGUGAUUGUAGGGAGCCAGAUGGAAGAAAGCAGUUCCAAUGGGGAACAGCCUCACUGUGAUGACCUCAGGAGCCCAUACUCAGAUGUGGUUGCUUCUUAAACACCUGUCUCACUUUCGGAUGAAAUGGGCAUUCCUGGAAGGAUCUGAGCCUGAGGUAAAACUGGAAGAGGUCAAACCAACCCAGCAGCACAGUUCCCGUGGCUGCAGAGAAAAGCUCAGUGCUGUGACUGCCUGUUAAACACCUGGAUUCAGGAAAAAAAGGAAAAUGUCUUUCAACAAAGAACAAACCUGAAAAACCCUGGAUGCAUAAGAGGAGGUCCUAAUGGCCAUAUUUGAGUAAAAUGGCUCAGUACUUGCCCCAAGGAUAGAACACACCCUUUAUUUACUUUUGCAAAAAAAUACUUGGGUUACUUAAAAUUUAUUAAAAUACUGUUUAUCUAGAAGAACCUUUAAAAAGCGAAUGGCAUGUGGUGGUUUGCACUAAUUAUCUUCCUGAAUAAACAGUUACUUUACUUGCUACCUGGAAAUACAGUUUUGCUACCAACAACCAAUUGCUUCUUGCUUCCCUUUUGAAAUGGUCAAUGGUAAAGAAACCGUCAGUGUUGAACAGUCUUGAAAUGGUAUCUGCCAGUUACCAAGGUGUUGGAAAAAGGGAAUAUGUGUCAUAUAUCAGGAGAAUGUAUUUUAUAUCAAAAGAAAAUGCUGGCAAAACCACAAAAACAACACUAUGUUUCUGCACGAGGCUGAUGAAUAGUUUGACAGAACUAUUGAGGGUCACGGCAGUGUUUUGGUGACGUGGAGGGGAUGGGUCCAGCUCAGCUGGAGCAGAGUCAGAAGAGACACUCACAUUCCCUCUCCCUUCAGUGGCCUUGGCUCUUCCCAGCUCUCCUCCCCACCAAACCCAGGCAGAACUGGAGAGGCUGAGAUGCCCUCGGAGCUCCGCGAAGCACAAAGCUGGUCUGCAGAGUCAGGCUGAGGAAGGCAGCGAGGGCUGGAAGAGAGGUAAGGCUACACAGCAAGUUCCUGGGCUGAGUACAACACAAAACUCAUUUGAAACUUGAGGAGAGGCAUAGAAAUUCCACAUCCCCAAGUAGGCAGCAAAAACUCCUCCAGGGAAGCACUGCCAGAGCAGCCUCAUGUGGGAGUGUGGGCCAGGAUGGUGCCAGAGCAGGUGGGUUGGGCUCCAUUAUCAAAGCCUUGAACACAAGAGACAGACCAAACCCGCCAGGCAGUUGUUUGUAUUGCUGGUUUGUUUUUUAAAUCUUCAGAUUUGUUUAGCCCCAGAGAUAAGACACUGCUGCAGUUUGCUGUGUGAGCAAACUGACUGUGAGUGGUGCUGGGCUCAGAAACCCACCCAGGUGUGAAGGCUGCUGGGUGGUUUUCCACACUGAGUGUGGAGAAAGAGGAAAGGCUGCAAAAACUGAUGGUGCAGCAUGGACAGAGGUAUCAGAGCCAAGUGUUUCCAUUAGCCAACUCAGAUGGCCACAACAGCCUCCCCCUCCUCUCGGGGCCCCCUCACUCUUUGCCAGAGCUGAGGGAGUUCUCACAGGAGACAAGAAUCCACUCCCUUGCUGGCACCAGCUCUCCCGCUGCAAAUUGGGAAUUACUUGCAAUAGUAACUCCACUGCAGUCACACAGUGUCAUCAAAGACACUCUGAAGAAAACCUGACCAUCCAGACCCAUUUUCCUCCUAAAGGAUGCAGCAGCUUCAACCAUUCCUGCCCCAUCUGGAAUCUCUCUCCUGACCAGUUCUGUGUGGCCUGCCUGCUCCAGCAUCCUCCUCCCUGACUCAGGACAGACUUGUAUCACCCUGUUUUAUAAGAUCCUCUACUCCACAAGGGGAUUUCAAGGGGAUUUCUGGAAGAUGUGGAUACUCCCGUUCAUGACAACAGGUGUUCUUCCACAGGUUGCACUGGAACAUGGCUCAGAGCACAUAACCACUAAAAAGACCUUUUUUAUUUUUUAACUUUCAAAUUACCUGGAAAUACAGUAUGAAGUAUAUAAACAAUAAUAAAUAAUAUGCAAAACACAA